AUGUUGCGUCUGUUCAGAAAGAAGAAGAAGCAGAAGAAAGAAGAGGAGAUCAAUCUCCAGAAGAAUGGGAGCUUACUGUUGGAAGAACUCAUUGCAACUUCAGGAGGUAUAUACAAUCCCAUCCGUACGUUUUCUUCCGACCAAAUCCUACAAGCUACAAAUCACUUUGACUGGAACUACGUAAUCUCUGAAGACAGAUUCGUGUGGUACAAAGGCAUGAUUGAAAACAGACCCGUACUGAUCAAGAAAUUCCAAGACUGUUCUGUUUUCGACGCUGACAACUUUUACCGUGACAUUGCUGUUUCAUCUUUGAUGAGUAGCCAUAAGAAUGUUCUCAAGCUCUUGGGGUGUUGUCUAGAGUUUCCUCGUCCGGUUCUCGUGUGUGAAUAUCCAGAACAUGGAGCUCUAAACUGUAUAAGAUGUGGAAAAGAAGGCGUCCGGUCAUUCCCUUGGAAUGUAAGGUUGAGAAUCGCCAAGGAGAUUGCAGAUGCUGUAGCGUAUCUUCAUACUGAAUUCCCCAGGACUAUAAUCCAUAGGGAUUUAAAGCUUGCAAAUAUUUUCCUUGACGAGAAUUGGUCCGCUAAGCUCUCUUCUUUCAGCCUCAGUAUAGUGCUUCCAGAGGGUGAAACUGGCGUAAAUGACAUGGUUUGCAGGACAUCAAGCUAUAUCGAGCCUGAUUACUUUAAUACAGGUUUGGUCACCGAGAAUGUCGACAUCUAUAGUCUUGGGAUCAUCAUGCUAAUUAUUUUGACAGGAAAGUCUGAAUACAAUUCAGAAGUCGCUGUUUAUCUUCCUGUAUUGCCUGUCUAUGUUGGGAAGUUUCUGGAGCGAGGUUUGUUGACUGAACUCAUAGACCCGUCGAUAUUGGACAGCACGAGUGAUGACAUUCCCAAGCAUUCAAGACUGCAAAUGGAAGCGUUCAUUGAGCUUGCUUUUAGAUGUGUAAGAUUCAGACCAGGAGAGAACGUGCCUCGCAUGAUAGACGUUGCAAAAGAGCUUAAGAAGAUAGAGAAACAUAUAUGA